AUGGCUGCCAAAAUUGCUGCCGUUCUUUCUAAAAAUAUUUUAAAGGAGUCUGCAGAAAAUAGAUUUGGACAAGAAGACCCCUACUUUGAACAAGUCAAAGCGACCAACCUCCUUGGACGACCAACAACAAAAAAACGACGUAGAGCUGCUCCCGAAGGCAUCUCGGAACAUGAUGUUAAAGUCCUUACAAAAGUUAAGCGUCGGGCAUACCGGUUAGACCUCGCCCUUUGCAACUUCUGCGGCAUAAAAUUUGGAUGGGGCAGUGUUAUCGGCUUAGUACCAGCUAUAGGGGAUGCGCUUGAUAUGAUCUUAGCACUUAUGGUCGUAAAGACUUGCAGCAACGUCGAAGGCGGCCUUCCGAAGAGCCUUUACGCACAAAUGCUCUUCAACGUAAUUUUCGACUUCGCCAUUGGGUUGGUUCCUUUUAUUGGGGAUCUUGCAGAUGCAUUAUACAAAUGCAAUACAAGGAAUGCGGUUCUACUUGAGAAGUACCUCAAAGAGAAAGGCCAACGAACUUUGGAUUCCACAAGCCAGGUCGACCUUGAGGUAGGUGCUGGAACACGCAAGCCCCAAAGACAAAUUACCUCCAGCAAUGAGCAUCCAAGACAACCAGAGCCGGCCCGCCUAUCACGAGACAAGACUAAUUCUGGAAAACAUGGGCAACCAAGGAGAACCCAGUCUGAUUUUGUAAAGGGGAGACGCUGA